CCGCGCGAGGAGAGCGGGGAGGCGGCGGCAGUCCACGUGCGGGAAGGCGCUGGCUGAUCUCCCGCGUUGUUAAGGCCGGCCGGCGAGACUCCUCCCCUUCCUUGUAUUCCUCCGGCCUGGGGAGCCUCGCCCCGAUCAAUCCUUUCCCUCCCGCCGGGGUUCUAACUUCGACCCUGCAGGCAGGAGCAGCUGCUCUGCCCCUUUAAACCCUCGCCGAGGGAGGGCAGGCCGCCCUCUUUCCCCCGCCUCCCUCCCCUCCCACUCGCCAGGCCCGGCGCGUGAGGCGAGCUCGCGCUAGAGCGCAGGCGGAGCAACGACUGAGAGCGGCUGUUGCUUGUGGCGGCGGCGGCGAAGGAGGAAGCGGGACUCGGCGGCGGAGUCGGAGCGAAGAAGAAGGGUCGGACUGAGGAGACGAGAGGAGGAAGGGGGGGGGAGUGCCCUCGCCUUCGCCGCCGCCCUCGCGACGUUGCCCCGGAGCUACUUUAGCCUUGGCAUUUCUAUCUAUUUAAACCCCCUCGCUUGUUUGUUUAUUUCCCCUGGCGGCCGCGAAUGUUGCAUUGGCCGAGCCCUGCGCCAAGAGGAGACGGGUCCCUCCCCUGCCGUAACCAGGGCCAGGCAGACAAGGGCACGCGGGCCUUGCAGCAGCAACAGCGGCGGCGGCGGCAGCCCAGCCUCUCAGUGCCUUGGAGCGAAGAGGAGGAGGUAGCAGGAGGAGAAGAAGAAGAAGGGGCCGCCUUCUUCCCGGAACCAGCCGCGGCUGGGUAGAAUUGACCUCUGCCAGAAAACAUUAACGUUGGAGGGGGGAUAUAAUCAAAAGCAGUUGGCGUCUAAAAGAUGUGCCAUGGAAUGGUAUCAGCAACGAGCACCACCGCAUCGCUGCUUUACCUUGAUCAGUCAUGGAUAUUUUUUCCAUUGGCUCUCUUCAGUACCCUCACGGUGGAAGGACUGGACUCAAUUCUGUCCACAGCCACCCGAACCUGAGAACGGAGGCUACAUAUGCCACCCGUCCCCCUGCAAAGAGCCAUUGACAUCUGACAGUGUCAUAGAGUAUUUAUGUGAGGAAGGCUAUCUGCUGAAGGGAGACUACAAAUAUUUGACUUGCAAGAAUGGAAAGUGGAACCCAGACAUGGAAGUUACCUGUAGGCUCAGCCAAGAUAAAGGUUCACCUCCAAGUGUAGGCGUGCCCACCCUGUCCAUAGUGGCUUCCACAGCAAGCUCUGUAGCUCUCAUCCUCCUCUUAGUUGUGUUGUUUGUUUUGCUGCAGCCAAAGCUGAAGUCCUUUCAUCACAGCAGGCGUGAUCAAGGUGUUUCUGGGGACCAGGUGUCCAUCGUGGUGGAUGGAGUCCAGGUGGCACUGCCAUCCUAUGAAGAAGCUGUCUAUGGCAGUGCUGGGAACUGCAUACCUCCUUCGGAUUCACGGGUACAGAUUGUCCUUUCGGAGGGAGCUGGGCAAAGUGGAGCGAGGGAGAUGCAGCAGCCACCAGACCAAGUAGGUCACAACUGCUUUGCUGGGGAGGAUGAAAUCCCUGGACGUUCUGGACUGUGUGAAGCUGGCAGCUCUCACCACUCGGAGGCUGUUCUAGUUCAUCAGGCGACCACGUCCUCUUGGGUUGCUGGUGCGUCUUGUAGCAGACCUGGGCACAAAGAAGCUCCAGACUCAGAAAGCAGUGAUGUACAAAGCCUUCUAUCACUUGCUUCCUCAGAGGAGUACACUGAUGAUAUUCCAUUGUUGAAAGAAGCAUGAGGCUUGCUGCGUUUGUCUAGCCUUUUCUCUCCAUUUUCCUUCUUCCGGGAUGGUGAGCACUCCUCGCAGACUUUCCCCACCUUCAUGCGCUGUGCAUGAAGACACAUACCCCAUAGCUGAAGAUCCAAAGGAUGCCGCCAGGAUGCCUCCUCGAUGCAUCAGUGGGGUGUACAGGGUGUCAGCCGUUCCUCCCCACAUUGUAUCUACAUUAAGGGGGGGCUUCAGUGACGUCAGUGGACUUAAGCUCCUCCUCAUACCUCUCCCCUACCCCACCAAAUGUUUGAGUGUGGUCCCUGGAGAGCUGCUAUUUACUUGUGCCUUGCUCCUUCUCACACUGGCUUGUUGCAGCUUCUCGUGGGCUUUACUAGCUUCUGGAUUUCUGCUCAGAAAGCAGGGCCAAAAAACAACAACCAAGCUUGCUUUUCUGGGUGCAAAGAGUUUCCUUCCACUUAUUCAUUGUCUUAUGAAGGCAAGUCAGAACAUCUCUGGAUGGGCUGUGAGGAGGGGUGGGUCAGAGUCCAGUUGUAGUGACAUACACAUACUGCAGCCCUCAGUUGUUUUCAGCAACAUAGACUACUUAACGUAGCUGCACUUGAACUUGGGCAGUGUUGGCUAUAUUAAAGGCCACUGCAACUUGCCGACCUUUUUUCUUUUUCUUUUAAAGAAAAGCAAGAUCAUUAAUGGCAAGCUUAGGCUGCCACUUGCUUUUCUUUGUUUCCCAAAGAGAGGGAGAAAGUGAACACUUGCCGGGGUGAAGCGUCUGUACCUCUGCAAGCUUCCAUUUAAACAAAACAAAACUGUCCCCCCUCUAUCUUGGUUCAUCAAGGACGAUUCUCUAAACUUGGUGUGAGCUGAAGUCUAGGGUUGUCUUGAGACAAACAGCUUAGAGCAAUUCAAUCUAUGACCAGAUUUAAGAGCACUUGCAUUGAGAAGCCCACAUGGAAAAUGACUGCCCUCUUCCUAGAACAGCCAGCCUGCCAGCAAUACAACAGCUGUACCAUAGUCAAUCCAAAGCCUUUCAUCUUGGAGUGUGUUGAGCUCGUUUUCUGUGGAAUGACUGUAGGAUGUCAGUGUGUGCGCACAUUGUGCUGUUCCCCAAGUAGGGUUCAUCACCUAUGCCUUUACUUUGACCCACCUUAAUGAGAGAGCAAUUUUGGCCUCACCACUUUAUUUUUGUUGCUGUUGUUGGGUCCCAUCCUUGCGAAAGCAAUGCCAGGGCUUUUAGUGUUUAGCCUGCAUUGCUUAUGUCUUCCUCCUGGUUCUGUUAGAACCUAGUCAUUGGAAAAUGGAUCGCCAUUAGCAAGUACCUAGCUUUUUGUAUCUGGCAUGUCCUGUUUGCCUUGAAUGAAUAACAGUGAUAGUCUGCCUUAAAACAAAAUAGAAUGGAAAGAGCCAUGCUGCUGUCUUUACCCUUUUGGAAGACCCCUCGUCCCAGUUUCUUCCUCCACCCACUCCCAUUGCACACUGCUUCUUUCUAUGCAGGGAAUAUGUUCACUUACCUCCACCUUUUUCCAUAUAAAUAUACUUAUUGCUCUUGUUUAUCUAGCCCUCUGUGGUCAGUGCAUUGCAGUUUGAUGGCAUCAUGGAAGUAUAAAUUCCCAGAUUUUCCCCAGUGAGCCUUCCUUAAUUGAACAGUUCUGUGACCUUUCCUAAAGAUUCCUACAACAAAAGUGGAAUGGCUUGGUUGCCAGUUCUCACACUUGGCCCUGUCUUAAAGCCAGGGUGAGCACACAGAACCACAGUGUGAUUUAAAAUAUCAAGGGAACUAGAAAGCCCAUCCUUUGAAAAAUGGAAGUGGCAGAGGUCAACCCCGUUUACUGCCUCAUAACAAUGCACUGACAUGGGAGACAACUGUGGAAAAAGGCAGCACUUUGCCUUUCCCCCCCAACCUGCCUACCACCAAAAAAUCUGAAUGGGAAGCAGCACAAUUCCCUGGGCCACUGUCCGUGUUCUCCAGCAUCAGAUGGGCAUUGCACACUGUGCACAUUCCACACAAAAGCACACAGUUUGGUACUGAAUAUAGACCCAAGCAUUCAGAUAAUUACAGGUUGCAGCUUUAAUUCAAAGCUGUUUAGCUCCUUUGUGAAAAUUGCCUUGCAAAUCUGUGGGUGAUGCAUCUGAUUGAAAUCAGACCAUCGUCUUUUCAUCACCAGCUUAUUUGUAUGCUGCUUUCUCACAGGAUUUUGCUCAGAUUGGUUCACAAUGUAUCUAGGGACUGGCAACCGCAAUUAAAAGAACGUAAGAAAAAAUAAUGAUAAUGAUAAUUAGAAAAACACAUCAUUUAAAAAUCAAUAUGUACAAUGCUGUGGAAAACAAUAUACACAUGCUAACGUAACAGUUUAAAAUUAAGCAGAAGAGAGAAUAAAGUCUCAGGGCUCUGCAUAGUUCCUCAUGCUUCAUCCUGAUUAGCAGAAGCAAACUAAAUUGCCCAAGAGUAAUCCAAUGGAUGGCAAUUAGUUUGCUUUUUAUAAUGUAUACAGGCCACACAAAUGUGGAUUGCCUUGAUGCCCAAUAUUGGCUGUUAUCACAGAAUACAUACAUGGCCCUAACCUUAGGCUUUCCAGGCUUGUUCUUUGAGACCCCCAGUGGCAGAGCAGGUUCUCUCACCUUGUUCAGAGAGUGCUGCUCUUCUUCAAUGUGGUGUUUAGAUCAGCCUUCACUAACUGGAUGCCCUCCAGAUGAUUUGGAGUACAGUUCCCAUCAGCCCCAGCCAACACAGCCAUGCUGUGGCUUAGAUUCCUCUGCUGUUUAUAAAAGAAAGCCCCCCCCCACCCUGCCUGAUAUAUUUGGGAUGUUGUUGCAUGGGGAGGUUAUAUCAGCAAUUAAAGAGCACCAUUUAUGCAGAAGGAUUUAGCUGUGCCCAUAUCUAUCAUCUUGAGUUACAGUGACAGAACUCCUGCUAAAUGUUUUGGAUGGUGUGAAAGAGUGGCAGAAUUUUGGGUGACACCUAGCCCAAAGAAAAGUAUCUGGUUUCUUCCUUUUUUGUUUAACAAUAGAAUGAAGCAAUAACACCACUCUUAAUUUCCAUCCCCCAUUCACCUGUGGAUGGUUCAUAUUUUUUGUGUAGAUACAUGAAGAGCCAGAUAUAAACUUGGGUUUUAAAUCUGGAAUAGGCAUUUCACCUGAGUAAUUUAAAUGAGGGACACAAAAGAACUUUAUGGUUGAAAUCUUAUGGGAGACAACAGAAGAGCAGUUUUUCUCUUUCAUAAAAUUUGGUUUUCGAAAAAUGAAAUACAAAUGUUACGGUCUUCAGGCUAAGAAUGUAGGUGCCCCCUUUUUAAAGAUUUUCUAUUCUCAGGUUCUUAAAUACAAAUUUAUGAAGGGCAAGAAUAGCAAUAGCUAUUAUCUAUAAUGCUCAGGGCAUCUAUUCUAAUGCUCAGGCUGGAAAUGAAGGGGGUCCUCUGUUUUAAAACCAUGACACAUUUUUUAAGAAUUCUGAGACAUCAGUUGAAACAACCACUGGCCCAAUGCUGUGUGGCUGUUAGGUGCCUAAUAAGUCAACUAAUUUAAUUAAAUUCUUCCAGUCUUGUGUACAGAAUGCCAGAUGCUGCAAGGACACACUUCGUGCCUGGCAAGAGUAAAACUCAUCUAAGGUUGUAUUUGUCUGCUUUUGAAAAUUGUAGGCAUCUAGAAUUUGAUUCUGCAGGCUCACCUUGCCCUUUGAAUGCUGGAACAUAACACCUCUGAUAAAUGAGUGGUUCCCAUGCCAUGUCACCCUCCAUUUAGAAUAUUGGUUGAUCAUAUGAAACUGCCUUAUACUGAGUUAAUGCUGGUCCAGAAAAGUCUACUCUGACUGGCAGAGGUCUUUCCCAGCUGAAGUGGUGUGUGUGGUGUGUGUGUGUGUGCGCGCGCGCGCAUGUGUGUGUGCAUGUGAAGAGCUGAGGAAUUGAAUGUGGGACCUCUUGUGUACACUGCAUGUACUCUACCACUGAGCAAUAGCUCUUCCCUUAUACUUCCAUGCACCUAGUGCUAAAAGCAAGAUAACACUUGUUUAAACUAAAAUGCAGCACUUCUCCAGUGGUUAGAUACAUACUGUGGUAAGCUGCCAGGAUAUUUGUGCAUCCAGUUUAUGUAUGGCACAUACAGCAAGUGUCUCUUAAAACAGCUGCUGCUGACAUUGGAGACCUGCUAGAGAGAGGGCAGGAGUCAAGAUUGUCUGUUUGAGGUAUGAUGAGGCCCAUUAACUACCGAUGACCCAAGAAGCUUUAGCAUUUACAGGAAGCCUGAUGUCCUUGCCAUGGUGUCACUCCUGUUGCAGGAAAAUCUGAAACCUGGGAGCCCAUGCAAGUUGCGGCAAAUAGGAUUACCAUUUAGGUUGCAAUACCAUACACAUUUACCUGGAAGUAAGUCCCACUUAACUUAGUGAGGCUUACUUUUCAGCAAACACUUGUAGGAUUGUGCAUUCAGGUUUUUCAAGUGCUUAGCUUUGAAACUUGCUCUCACGUAAAAUAAGUUGGAGCAAGAGGUGAAGUAAGACAUUGGAUUGGCUUUCCAUUUUUAAUGGCAUGAAUACAGUAGGCUUUGAUGCACCCUACAGAUUGAGAAAAAAACAGGCAGGACAAUGGAUGAAGGGGAACUGGAGGGGCUGGACACUUGGGUGCAGGCUUCUCUUGCAUCAACUCUUUUCUAGGGCCACUUCUGGUACACAUUUUUUCCUCACUGGAGCUCUUUUGUAUGAUAAUUCCUUGCAGCAUUUUUAGGCAGAGUGUUAAAUGCAUGUUACUAACUCUGAGAGAGAAAGGUGCCGCCCAACUCCUCAUUGCCUUUUAGAAGUAAGUGGAGAUUGAAAGGGCUUCUUUGUACACUCCAUACUUAAUUUUUACCACUUUCUUGCUGAGAGAUUUUCUUUUGGAUACCACAGGGGCUGCCAGGGGCUUUUUGCACAUGAGAAUGCAUGCUCAUGUCUACCAAAUAAAUGAGUAAAUACCACAUUAGUUGGUUUCUGUGGUGCAUGGGGAGAGCAUUUCCAAAAUCACGAUGCUCGUGGUACCUGCACUAGGGUAAUAUAGCACAUGCACAACUGAAACUGUUAGUGUACUGUUUCUUAAUCCUUGUGAGGAAGUCUGUGACAUCCUUGACCAACCUGCUGCCCACCAGAGGUUUCUUACUACAGUGUUUUCAGGUGGUUUAAGCAGUACUGGAUGCAUUGUAUUACAGCUCUACCAUCAUUUCCAAAUAUGGUCCACCCGUACACGUUCAGAAAAACAAAGUUGGGCGCAAGUUAAGAUCAGUUCACAAUUUACACGUCUAUGGAGUGACUACUGUCUAGUGUCUGUAAACACGUCAAUACGUGCAUUUCUGUCACACUUUCUUAUUGGUAUGGGGAAACCUGUGGACCUCCAGAUGUUGUGGGACUACACCUCCAAUUAUCCCUGACCAUUAUCCAUCCUGGUUGGGGCUUAUGAGUGUUCCCACCCCUGCAUCUACAAUAGAUGUUGUGCCCACAGCAGAAAGAACUGCUGUUUUGAUGUGUGAAUCAGCCCUCUGUUUCCCUCUGCUUUUAUAGUAGCGUAGUGAGCAUACAAACAAAGGACUGAGUAUGGGGGUGUUUUUUGGUAGGAAACCUUCCAUUGGCUCGAUUCAUGUUAGGUAGUAUCCUAUGGAGAUUCUCUCUCUCUCUCUCUCUCUCUCUCUCUCUCUCAUGCUUCAGUCCUGGGCUUCUUUCCUGUAGAUUUUUUAAAAAUUGCUUUUGGAGUUGACCGCCUCUGUCACUUUAUUAAGAUUUCAAUGCUUGCACCAGAGGAGAUGUGUGUUGAAUGGUGAACACUUCUAUGUUAAUAUAUAUCUUGAGAUACUGGCUUCUGCUAAUACUGGUUGUCCAUUUCUACUGGAGAUAGCACUGCUGCAUUUGCUUUUACAUGGAAGCUCACACAGUUCAGACCAAAUGUUCCAUCAGAACAAGCACUUGCACACCUUCUGUUACCCAGUGGGCAGGCUGCAGGUAGUUGGAGAUGCAAACACACAGGGAGAACCUGGUUGCCUUCAGUGCUUUUUAUUUGUUUGUAAUCUGAGUUGCACCACUAUGAAACUAUUUGCAGAAUGGUACUCAUAUAUAUGUGGGAUUUAAAAAUACCAUAACGCUGUGCAGGAUGUCAAUCAGUUUUUAUUUUGCUUUAUUUUAUAUAUAUAUAUUUUUCUGGUAUCCUGUACAUUGAAGUGGGUGUGAAGAUAGUAUUUUAAUAUUUGUACAAAGUUUAAUUUAAUUUCAAUUAUUCUAUGUAUAUAACUGCAUUUCUAAAUUAAAAAAAAUCUUUUGAA